AUGGGAACAAUUUUCUGGAUAAAUAAUGCUUUAUCCUUAAAGUUGGUUCAGUUUUCACCAAAAAACUUCUUUUGUGGUGAAAAGAGUAAUAUAUGGAAGAAUCAUGUUGCAUACAAUAAACAAUUAGUAGAGUUUGAUGGAAAUCUCUGUGUGGUUGAUAUGUAUAUUGACGAUGAAAGGUUUUACAAAUUGGGUCACUUCUUGAAGGCUAUUCGUGUGAAAGUAUAUAAGCUUGAUCAAGAAUGGGGUAAAUGGUUAUAUGUAAAAGAUUUGGGUGAUGUUUCGUUUGUUUUGGGUAAAGACUCAAACUUUGCAUUGUUGGCUCGAGAUUAUUACGGAUGUGAAGGAAAUUGCACCUACUUCUAUUGUGAAGACAGGACUUAUUGUUUCAACUUGGAGAAUUUAGAGGCUAAGCCUGCUAACAUUUUUUGGCCUUGUCCAACUUUGUUCCAUUCUAUCACGAGUUAAUUUAAAUGCACACCCUCAUAUAAGGUACGGAAGAACAACCAAAGUUAUUGAUGAUAAGUCGCAAUAGAGGUUCGACCAUCAGUACCACCGCAAUUGAUAGCAAUGACUCAUUCUGAAGCCCACUUUUAAAUAAU